AUGUCAAAGAAAAUCUUGUGUUUGCCGGGCUAUUUGCAAAAUGGUUCCACUUUUGCAGCUAAAUCUUCCGGUAUUCGUAAAAUUUUAACCAAAAAAUUAAAUUUCGAAUUAGAUUACGUGGACCCAUGUCAUAAAAUUGAAUCCUGGCGUGAAUUUUCUUUCCCAAUUGCUCCAACACCUGAAGAAUCAGACAAGACUUGGGAAUCUAUUGUUGCUAGUGGUAAUAAUGUUCGUUGGUUUGAACAUAAGGAACCAGGUGUCAAUAUUGGAUUAGAAGAAAGUGUUGAAUACUUGAUCAAUCAUAUCAAACAAAACGGUCCUUAUGAUGGUAUUAUUGGUUUUUCUCAAGGGGCUGCAAUGGCUGAAUUUUUAACCAAUUGCAUAAGAAAGUUAUUGCCUUCCCAUCCUGAUUUCAAGGUUAGUUUGUUUAUCUCGGGUUUUUUCUUAACUGAACCAGUUAAUGGUGAUAAUUCUUUGGCACAUAGAGAAGAACUUCACGAUCUUACUGAUUUGGAAGAAUACAAGAAACAAGUCAAAAUUUCUCCUGAUGUUGAAAAAUAUUGUAUUCCUCCAGAAGAUUUAACAACUAAAGUCUGUAUUGUCUAUGGUGAUGGAGAUAACAUUGUCUCUCCGAUUAGAGCUAAAUACAUGGCUAGUUUCUAUAACUCACCACAUGUAUUCCCACAUGAAGGUGCCCACUAUGUUCCAAACAAAAAGGGUUUCCUUGAACCUAUUGUCAAAGUUUUUGAUGAGGCAAUGAAUGAAAAACCAUUGUUGUAG